CAAAUCAGGGCACAUUUUGUAAUUUUUCUUUAGCGCAGAAGAGAAAAAUUUAUAAAACGUCUAUAAAACAUUUAAAAAUACAUAAAUUCCCUUUCAAAAACGUAAUUGUCUUGGCCAUAGAGUGCAAAAUGUACCUGAAAAUUCAGCAAACACUUCGCUGACUUGGUUGCAUUUCAAAACAGACCAUGGGCUCCGUCGUGAAGAAAACAAGGUUGAAUUCCUCGAAGGACGAUUUCUUGAUCAAAAGCUUCCCUUUCUCCACAAAAAGAAAGCUGAGCAUUCUUUUGAACUUUCUCUUUCCAUUCGUUGUCUUUUAACGUUGUAUUUUUAACCUUGAAAAGCAGAACUCUUGUCUUAAAACAUCUGCAUGGUGAUCGCGCAGUAGCCAUUUUGUUGAAAAUGGAUAUCCGUCACUAAGGUUUCCAAAUAUGGUCAAAAUGAAUAUUCACGAGCAUUGAACGCGAGUUACACGUUUCAACCCCUUAUAGGUUUCUGGUAUUACUUAAUUGGGCAAAGUGAAUAUGGUGGAUUAAAAGAAAAGCAGCAAACAACAAAUUCUUAAAUGAUCAUGAUAGUCUUGGUGAAACUUAAAGAUUAACAUUUUAUUUUUAAAUUUCUUGGAAGGUGAGAGCAGCGCACAAAUCGUUCCGGGAAACAAGUCCGUCGAGUCCAUUGAAGGAACUGCAAAAGUCGCUAUUCAGAUUGGAGACAGCUUGAACAUUUUGUCAGGGUCUGACAUAUCAAUCGAUUGCAUCGCUAGUGGGACACCUCCCCCAGCACUAAAAUGGCGUUGGAAUGGUCGCGAGGUAAUUUCAAGAUCGAGAACAAAAAAGUUUAUCAUCACAGAGAUAACUGACGGUUCACGUCUUAGUAUCCAGCAAUUAACAUCGGAGAAUGAAGGGCAAUAUGAGUGCGUGGCGACUAACACUGGUGGAGCAGAUAGAAUCGCGUCGGUUAUAACAGUAUUAGGUGCGUAGAAUACCACAUUUAAUUGACGUCGAGAUAAGUCUUUGUCGUAUGAUUUUUAGCUUUUCAAGCAGUGUUUAAUGAUCAAUUUAGCAUUCUCACAAGAAACGUGUUCCUGGGUGUGGCUGCAUGUAUGGCCCACAGCACGAUUGGGGCUUUGUUUGUUCGUAGCGUGAGAAAACAGCCGACUUUUCGCGACGCCACCACUGGUUUCACCGAGAAAUGACGUUUGACUAGCGAGCGCACAAUUUCCAUGCUGAUGACGUGUCACUACAACGUUCUGCGUAGUGCUUCUGAUUGGUCGUACUUCUUCGGAAAUUUGCUUUAACCAAUCAGAAGCACUUCUGAAUUCUACGUAGUGACGCGUCAUCAGCAUGGAAUUCCUGCGCUCGUUUCUUAGACGUCGUUUCGCGGGGACGAAAUGUCGACUGUUUUCUCAGACUAUGAAUGGAAUGUUUCAUCCAACCGUCGAGGGCCAAAAGGAGAGGAUAUACCUAGUAUUAUUUUUGAAGGAUACCCAAUACAGGUCUAUUUUCUUUUUUGUAGAGACGUUUCUCUAUCAUCGUGUCUUUGCUAUGUAUUAUAUUAGAAAAUGCUUACAGCUGAGAUUACUUUCCUUUUUAUAGACGGAACACUUCCAAAGAUUGAAGCUUCAUCCACUUCCGUAGAACAUAUCACUAACUUGAGCCCUGUUUCCGUUCAAAUUGGAACACGCGUCACAGUAUUGUCCGGUGUUCGCCUGGAGAUCACGUGCACAGCAUCUGGAAUCCCUGAACCUUCGAUCUUUUGGCUUAGACAAGGGAAACAGAUUGAUUUCUCCGAAAGGUUUUCCGUUCAUAAUGGUACUCUUGUUGUUCGUGCCAUUCGUCGGAGUGACGAGGGCUCGUUUACCUGUACUGCUAACAACACUAUCGGGAAAACAGCGACUUCUACACAGGUAGACGUAUUAGGUAAGAGCUUUAAAAUUAACUUGCUUGUAAGCUUGAUUACUGCAAGACACAGCCAGCCAAUAACCCUUGAAACAACAAAUACAGUUGUGUGAAAGCACCUCCACCACAACAACCGCUACCAUUACUUACAACAUCAAUUUUAUUCAUCAUGUAAAAAUGUGGACAGUUCAUGUAUCAACAAAUGCGAAAUUGAUUUCCGGGGCAUCUGAAGUAUUUCUGCUUAUGGAUUUCUUACUAAUACAUCAAAGUUCAUUCUUCAUUAAGAAAAGUGAAAAUAACCGAAAAUCGAAGAAGAGUUUUCCACUCGCAAAAUAAAAUCUGCAUUGCAACGGAGGUAACAAAUAUUUCAUUUCAGCGAAAGUUGUAUUUUAUUUUGAGUUCACUUAUUUUUCUUAGAACCCAUCAAGCCCCGAAUAACGCAGACUGGAAGAAACUUAACUAUAGAGCGCAUCACAAGGCUAUCAGAAGCUGUCGGAGGUAACAUUCUCUGUCGAGAUGGAAUUGAUUUGGAGCUGACGUGCACUGUGCAAGGAAGGCCGACACCACAGAUUUUUUGGCUGCGAGGAAGCAAGACCGUGGGAUCUGGAUUUAAACUUGACCUCGGAAUCCUUGAGGAGGAAAGUUCUGGAGAUUACACAUGCCUCGCAACUAACGUGGGUGGAGAGGACCGAAAAACAACAAGAUUGAACGUCAUAUGUAAGGAUAACCGGACGCCAAAUGCUAAAUGAACGUUCCCUAUCGAUUAUCUAACCUAAGUUCAUGCGCCCAGUAUCAGUACGAGCUGUUUCAGCGUCAAUCUCUGUUUCUAAUUGUGAGAUUUAAGGCUUUUUAUCUUAAAAACUGACCCAAAAUCAUAAAACACGCUUACUUAUGGAUGUUCAAAGUAACUGGAAAACAUAGCUACUGUUUGUUUCUCUGUUCACAUGCGACAGCAAUAGGCCAUGUUCACGAUGACGAUUUUGACUACGUUGCUUUCUUAUUUAAAUUUGUCAAUUCCACUGAGGUUUAAAGAAAAAUAGCCCUAAUUUGCACAAGAAAACAACAAACUGAAGGAUUCUGGUAGUUGUAGUAAAAUGACGUCAUCGUGCAAUUGCCCUAUUCACGUAUUAAUCCUACUCACCAUAAUGCCGAGGUAGUGUGGCUUUUUGCCACAAACUUGUCAUACGUUUUAAGGAGAGAUUUAAAGCAAACACCUUUUGUAAUUGCCAAUAUAAAGAAAAUUCAUCAGGAAAGCAGUAAACGGUGUCAGACUUAUUCAAUAAACCAUUUUAGAGAUAAAAGAGAGUUUAAGUAAUUAAGAACGUCAAAAUAAGCAAUCCGACAACUCUGUAGUUUUACAACACUCACGUUUUUUUACGUGUCAUCACGUGACUGAAUUUGACUUGCAUACGGUCAUUAAAAGGUCGCCUCGAGGGAAAUUACCCAACAUAUUAACUAAUUGAAAGGGUUAACAGCGCUUGUUCACUUACAAGCUCUCGCUGCCAUCGUCUUUUUAAGCUUCAAAAUAAAGUUACAUGUAAUUAAACGAGCGUUUAUUUUCCACUUCUAGCUGCCAUUCCACCAAAGAUUCAAUCCAGUGACAAGACGAUAGAAGCCUUUGAAGAAGGAGCGGCUCUGGUUGUCCCCAUAGGAACACAGCUGCGAGUGGCGCAAGGAACCAAAAUCGAUUUUAUUUGCCGCGUGUCCGGCUUUCCAACACCUACUGUGAGCUGGGCAGUUGGAAACCAAGUGUUAAACGACCGAUUGGAGCGUCAAGGAUAUUUCGUUUCUCCGUAUAACGGUACCAGUAGCACCCUUCUUGUCAGGACAUCCAGGUCUUCUGCAAACGAUGAAGUCUUCAGUUGUAGGGCAUACAAUGGCGGCGGUUCUAAGACGGUUUUCUCAAAAGUGAGGUUUUUCGGUAAGUAAAGCUUAACAAAAGUGUUGUGUUACUCUGUGUGGAAUAGUUUUUGCCCUCUUUGGAGGGUAAUUUUCGAGAAUAGGGAAUCUACGAACGCUAGUUGAGCGUAGGAAACGCCUGUUUUAAUGUCACAAAAUGGAGAGAUACAACGGGACUUAAGAGGGAUGAUGGAGAUGACUACUUGAGUGAAAUUUUAAGAAAGUGAACCACCACGAGCUUAGCAGGGUCUCAAAUUCAGGCUUACGUAGAACGUUACUGUUUUCUUACGAAUAUAAUGUUUUCAAAUUCUCCAGCGGUUUGUGGAAGCUGUGUAGCGAUUGUUUCAGCAGUUCUGAACUUAUUUUCAUAACCUUUGUUUUUAACGUCUCCCACCUUGGCUACCCCAGGCACCCACUUUCAGUUCCGAUGCGGGGCAAGAUAGCUUUCUCAGCAAUUCAUUCUCACUAACUUAGGCUUUGCACACAAAACAUAAAGCAAAAAAUUGUUACACUUUAAUUAAACUAUUCAGUUAUUGUGGAACUGAGGCGCAUUUUGGUUCUGUUACAGAGCGUGUUGAGCCUUCAAUCAAGUCAACAUGGGUCACGGGAUCAGUAGGUGUGAAGGAAUCGCUUGUUACCAGGGAUCCCUUCAAAGUCACUGUUGGCGACGAUGUGCGGACAUUCACUAAAACAAAGGUACGAGAAUCCUUUUUUCUCAAUCCCUGGUUUGAGUAAUGCGAGUUCAUACUGUUAGUUUUUGUGAGUUCAUAUAUCAUUUACUUUCCAUUUAAAAUUGGUUUUUCAUUUAGCUAGUACUUUGUGGACUUCACUGGAACGACCUACACACACAGGUUUCUUCUUUUACGGAAGGUGCCCAAAAAAACUGCGUUUUCGUUUCUAUGUAGUUGUGAAGUUGCUUUUCAAGGAACCGCAGCUCCUGCAGCUAUCAACGUUAUAACAGUUAUUACCCUCUGCUUAGUCCUGGACGAAUUUCAAUCAUUUAUCAGGGGCACCUAACGAGAAUACAGUUCAAAACCGCUUAAACAUAGUAUUGUUAAACGUAUUUUAGUAUUUAAACGGUAGACAUAGGCAUAUUAAAAUUUGUCAUCUGGUCGGAUUUCCUAGCUGAAAGUCUAGUGAUGCGAAAAUUAUAGGGAUCAAAACUUACCUUUUCGAAAAUUUCAGCCAGAAAAAAUGCUCCCGAAAAUUCUAGGUGACCUUUUUAGGGUAAAAAUCCGUUAAAAAUGGGCAAUUAUACUAUUUUUUAGAUGUUCGAAAAUCCUAGGAGAGGCAGGCAACAAGAAAUUUUACAACAAAUGUUCCGAAAAUUCUAGAUCUCAGAUCGUCUUCCGAACAGAUAUAUUCCGAAAAUUGACGUUGGGUGCCCCUGAUUUAUCUCUAAUUUAACUCUCACACGACGUUGGUCCUGUGUUUAUCCUGCCAUCAGGGAGUCACUUAAUACUUUGCAACUUUAAUUUUGUUCAGUUCACGAUAGAAUGUCCCGUGUUUGCCAUACCCCUGGCAAAAGUCCAGUGGACGUUCAAUGGAGGGCUGUUGCAAAGUAAACACCAGACUGUUAAUAAUGAUUUGGUCCUAAGUGAGGAGAGCGAUUUAUCUGAUGCCGGACGCUAUGGCUGCUCUGCAUCGAAUCCUUUGGGAAAUGACCGCGCCUGGUCAAAUGUUUUUUUCUUGGGUAAGUGUUCUCUUUGUCUAAAAUGUAAAAAGUAAAGAAUCGUUAUUUUACGUCGGUAGCUCGAAAUAGUCUAGUCUGGUGGACAAGUAUGACAUUUCAAACUAGAAAAAGUCUGAUUAACAAACAUCGUGCGCUCAUCUUCCUCACGCCUUAUUGAUAUUCAACAGAGCCCAGAGCGCCGACCAUCACAACAAGUGAAUCCUCAGUACGGUUGCUGACCACAGUCGAAUACACAACAACAAUUGGCGCCAAUAUAACCACAUUGGUUGGCAGCAAUAUUACAUUCGUCUGCGCCUCUGAAGGACUGCCCAAUCCUACCGUUUCUUGGCAGAAAGACGGCGUGGCUUUAAACGCUUCCAGCACGCUUUACAGGAUGUUUGCUUUCGAUAAAAAUGCAACUGGAGUUUAUUCUUGUGUGGCAGAGAACCUGGGUGGUUCCGUCAUGGCUAAUUCAACAGUGAUAAUACUUGGUUGGUAGAAACAACUUCCUUUUUAAUACAUCCAGGGCGCUUCAUGUCAUAUUGGGGAAAUUAAAACUGCCCAAACUAUAAAUAAAACCCUUUGCUUUACGUUGCUAACAAUCUUACGUAAUUACUUGACCAUCCAUUCGGUCAUAUUUUAACUAAAGAAUUCAAAGUUUUCAUAGUUAAGCACUCAAAGCUUGUAGACUACUAACUUAUCCAGACAACUCGAAUUCCAGAGGUUACUGCAGCUUGUUGGAGGUGUCCUGGCUGUUACAGAAAUCAUUUUGCUGAGCGCAAUUUGAGAUCUCCCUUAAUUCGAUUAAGGCCGGGUAACUUAAGAGUGUCAUAGUUUCGCGAUAUUUAUUUACUGAUAUUGUACGAAGGAAUACUACAUAAUAUUGUCACGUGUGAGAGUUUGGCUACUUUUUUCUUAGAUCGUGAGAUUGAAUCAGCCACAGUUCCACGUAUCAUCGCAUCUGGAACAAACCAAGUUGUCGUAGACGGCCGCAAAAUAGUACAGCACACCAUUGGGGGGAAUGUAACUAUUCUGGAAGGAAGGGACCUUCUUUUACGCUGCCCAACAGAAGGGUUUCCUGUACCGUCAAUCUCCUGGCUCUUUAAUGGGCUUCCUGUACAGAUCAGUGACACUCUUCAGAUUGAUGACACCACAGGUAACUUGAAGGUUGUGGAGAUGACCCCGGAAGACGAUGGCGUGUACACCUGUGUCGCAACCAACAUUGCCGGUGAAGCCCGAGAGGUUUCGUUUACAACUGUUGUCGGUGAGUUCUAAGAAAUGAUACACAUAACGGUAAAGACCUCUAUUUCCCUGUUCUCUCGCUUUCCUUGAAAAAGCCUCUUUUUACAACUUCUUAUAUUGUGGAAAAAGAAAAGGGGUACGAAAAGGGGUACGAAUAUGCAGGGGCACCCAAGGGGAAAUUUUGAGAAAAAGACCUACAAGCAACAACAAAGCGUGAAUAAAGUUUUCUGAGACUAUUUUAAGCAUUUUGGGAGAUUGCUGGAAAAACGUUAUCUGUUCCUCACUCCCAGCAAGACUGAUGGAAGAGUUCCCAGCCAGCAAACUUACAACCUGCAACCUGACUUACUAGGAAGUUUCAUAGGGCACAAUUCAGAUCUUGAGUGGUAAGUAACCCAUACAAGUGACCCGUAGCAGCUAUUCUAGUCUUCAAAUCCCCUCUGACACCCUAAAUUAUCUUUUUCCCAGCAACACUUUUCUUCCAAGGAUUAUUUUUUCUUCAAAAUCUCCCAGCCAGCAAAAAAGGGGCCUGAAGAACAGAUAUUUUGAGGAACAGAUCCAUUGGGUGCCCCUGGAAUAUGCGAACCCCUAGUGUGGGGACGUUAGUAGGUUCAGGCAGCAUGGUCUCCAGUAAAUUUUGAAAUUCAGGCUCUUAUAAAUCAGACGAAAUAGCAUUUUCACCACAAACGUAGCCAUAACAACUUCUGGAUCUCUCUUGUGACAUGUUUGGAUGUUUUAAUUUAACCUGCUUCUUAGAUCUGUCAGAGGUAGUCUAAGGUCAAAUUUUGAUGUAACGACUGUGCGAAGCACAAUUGAGUUAUAUUAUAUAUUGAAUUACAAACCCCAUCGAAGUGGGAUACGCAAGGAUGACCGAUACAUAUGAAAUGCUUUAAUGCAUCCAAGUACCUUGUGUGUUAUUUCCCUCUGCCAGAACCGACGUUUCCCAUCAUCGAUUCAUCAAACAUCUCAGUUGAAGUGUUUGAUCCCACGCGCAAAGUUCUCAAAGUGAAGAUCGGAACCAAGGUUACAACACUAACUGGGACACCCGUCGGUAUUACUUGUGACGUCACUGGAUUCCCUAAACCCAGUGUCAGCUGGAUCAAAGACUCCACUACUAUAACUGAAUCCGACUCGGAACGCCUGCUUAUGGGUAACAACAAGAUCAACUUGCUGAGGGCUCAGAAGUCUGACUCGGGCUUAUACAUGUGUACCGCCUCUAGUCCCGGUGGGCAAACAGCAGUGGUCUCAAAUAUCACUUUUGUUGGUAAGAAAUAUUGAAGUCAGUGCCUUUUUGCCACUGUCGAUAACAUGAUUAAAAAGCUUGUAAAAUUCGUUGUAGUAAGGGACUGGAAUUAUAAAAAUGACCGAACUUUCACGACAUUCACUACCUAGUUCUCAAAGAUGACUGAUUUUGGUAUUAGUUUCGUUUGCUCUUUAUAUAUUAAUUUCUUAACCUCUGCUUUGAUUCCUUUUUUGAUUAUUUCUUAAGAAUAAAGGGCAAUAAAUACUCUUCGGUAUGAAAAUAACAUCUAUUUCUCCAUAUCAGAGAGGCGGUCUUUUAGAAGUGUAAGAAAAGGCUUGAAACAGAUCUUUCGAACCAAUUUACGUCUCUUGAUACUAUAGACCUUAUGCACCUUCCCGGGGCGAUGAGACAUGAUGAUGGUGAUGAUGGUUUAUUGUUACGCAUUGAUUUUUGAAUGAUAAUUCAUCCAUUAUAAAAAUAAUCAUAUGGAAAAACGCCUAGAGGCUCAUGCCCCACCAUGUGUUCCUUUUAUUUGUCAUUACCACAACUUUUUUUACGUUGUGUGUGUGCUGUUUCUUUUGCUCCAUCGAACAGAACCUGUGAAGCCGAAAAUUUUCCCAGCAUCAGAGGAGACCGAACUACUCAGACGCCUAUCAGUGAACAUUACAAUUGGAGAAAAACUUACUGUGCUUGACAAAAGCAACGUCACUAUAGAGUGUUUGGCGGAAGGAAUCCCACCGCCUUCAUUAUCGUGGAGUAAUGAUGGCAAAAAAGUGGAGAAUUCUGGAAGAAAUUUCUUACAUCUAAGAAGCGUCACUAAGGAAGAUUCAGGGCGAUACACUUGCUCAGCAGAUAAUUUCCUAGGAUCCGACAGGCAGUCAGCUAUACUCACUGUGAGAGGUAAAAAGACGAAAUAAAUAUUUUGCCUAUUUUUUUGUUGUUGUCCUUUCUCGUCUUGUCUUUUAUGGUUUCUUUAAUUACAAUGUAAAGAAUGGCCCGUGUUAACAAACUUUCUAUUCCAAUUUAAAAAAGUAAAUGAUAGAUUUUCUAGUAACCUGUUACCUUACACUCUCAAAAAUUUAGGUUUAGGCCUGGUUGGAACUUCUUCCAACACAACUAGUUUCAUCGCUCUCAAAGUAUCACCGUUGUUUUGUUGAACUCGCUCCAAAAACUCGAGCUGGUUUGGUCAUGCUUAAGGGAGACAAAAUGGCCAAAAAAUAAAGCACAGAAUAAUAAGGAAAAUUAUGGGAUGAUAAAUAAGUUAGACCUUGCAAUAAACCGGUUGUUUACUAUUUUGUUAUUUAUUUUUUUAUUUUUAUUCACAGUUGGAAGAAAGCCAACCAUUAAGUCCAAAAUUGAAGAUGUUCGUAUAACUGAUAAGGUUACAGCCAUCGAACUGGAUAUUGGAAGUAACCUCACAUUAGUGGGAGGAUCAAGUGUAUCUAUCUUUUGUAAAGCAGAAGGUGUGCCUGAUCCUGCGAUCACGUGGCUGCUUAAUGGAAACCAAAUGUUUGAUUUUUCAAACAAGACCGUGCUUGUGGUGAAGAACCCUGACCUGCUUAAUUUGCAGACUGUUUCGUGUUCGGCUGUUAGUUUUUUAGGCGCGGAAAUACAAGAAAGUUACUUCACAAUUCUCGGUAAGUGAUUGAUGAUUCAGGAAAAAAGAAACAAAAUCAAACAAACAAACAAACAAAAAAACCGAUCCGACAUCACCGUAUCAGAAAUGUAUGUCUGUGGGAAUCAAUACUGUCCCAAUAUUAUCAUCACAGAACGCUUUGAAGAUGAAAUAAGCUGCCUGAAAUAUUCUCCUUUUGUCCUUAUCAUCAAGGCAUAUAGUGACGUAGAUUGUUCUAACCCAUCCUUAAAGCGCAUUAUCAUUCUAUAUGCAAGUGACGCUAGUUUUCAACAAGAGUCCCUUAAAUUUAACAGAGCCUUCCAAGCCUGUUGUGCAGAUCGUUGAUGAUCCAAAGAACAUAGAAGCUCAAGACCUAAGUCCCGUGACCUUGACCACUGGGGAUAACGUGACAGCACUUACGAAUACAAGUAUUACCAUUCAGUGUCCAACCACCGGCAUACCAAAACCAACUGUCACUUGGACAAAAGAUGGCCAGCAAAUCCUGAGUGGGGGAAGGUACACAAUUCAGGAUGAUGGUUCAUUGAUGAUUAGUGAAGCUGAUAAGGAAGACACUGCUCGAUACACGUGCAUUGCAGACAGUGUAGCAGGCAAAGACAGCGCAUCAAGUGUCGUACAAGUUGUAGGUAAAUAGUGCUGCAACAAAUAUAUGUGUACAUGUUUGUUAGCGAUAGCUUUCAGUGGUACUAAAACCUUGAAAGGAGAUUUUAUGGGUCUUGAAAGACUACUUAUAACCCCAAAAUCACUGCAAGGGGUAAAUGUUUAAUGAGUCAGCUCUUUGUACUCGAUCUGUAGAGAUGUUCACAGACAUUUAGGUUUACAUCAGCUUACAUCAGUUUCAAGGAGCUCACAUGUAAUUAAGACACUAAAUUAGCAUUCUGCCCGUUUAGAACCCGAACAACCAGCUGUCAAGGUUCCUGAAUCUGGAGUUGAAAUUCCUGUUGGUGACGGCGGUCCAGUGACUAUGAACAUCGGUGAUAACGUGACAGCAGCUUCCAACACUACCAUCACAAUCAAGUGUCCAGUGAGUGGAGUACCAACACCCUCUGUUACCUGGACCAAAAAUGGAGUUGAUAUUGAUUCUGUAAAAGCACUUUCCAUUACGGCGGACAACUCUCUAGUUCUUAAGGGAACGAAGAUAGAAGAUGGCGGAAAAUACACUUGUAGCGCUCAAAGCAAAUUUGGAAAGGAUGAUAUCUCUUCAGUUGUUCGCAUCAUAGGCAAGUUUCCUUUUAAUUUUUCUCCAAACUUACAAAUUAUGGUAAAUAUAGUGUAGUGACACUUUUGAAAAUUUCGCAACAAAUUUUGCUUUUUAGAAUAAGUAUUUCUUUUAAAAACUGAGUAACUUUCAAUGGUGCAUUUAUAUGCGGUGGUGUAUUUUGUGGUGGAAACCCCUUUUGCUGGUUUCAAACGCUAAGUUUAACAACUCAACAUCCAAUUGUCUUCUCGUUUUGUAAUUUGUAAUGCUCUUUUUUCAUAAUUUGCAGAACCAUCCAAACCUAUCAUUGACAUUUCUGAAAAACCAAAGGCGAUAGAAGCUCAGGAUCGAAGUCCCAUAACCUUGAACAUCGGUGAUAACGUCACAGCACUUACCAAUACGAGUAUAACCAUUCAGUGUCCAACCACCGGUGUACCAAAACCAUCUGUCACGUGGACAAAAGAUGGCCAGGAAAUCCCCAGUGGUGACAGGUACAGAGUACAGGAUGAUGGCUCAUUGAUGAUUUAUGAAGCUGGUGAAGAAGACAAUGCUCGAUACACGUGCACUGCAGACAGUGCUGCUGGAGAAGACAGCUCUACAAGCAUGGUUAAAAUCGUCGGUAAGAAACUUACACGAUUUGUGUUAAGAUUAUCGACAAUUGGAAAAAUGGCAUUUGCGUGGUGUAUUCAUCAGUUAUAAUAAAUUGGUAAUUUUAUAUGAAGUUAUCGAAUUUUAAAUACCGAGGAAAAUUACAGGAAUUCACGAGAUGAUUAAACGAGAACUGCAGAGAAAAUUCCCUGACAGGAUUUAAGACAAGUGGCGGUUGAAGAAGAAAACGCUUUUCUGGUAAGCUUUGAAGUGUCAUCCCUAAUUGCUAUUAUCCUAAAUAUUCGAUUUUGUCUUUCUAAAUUCAAUAGAACCAGCUAAGCCUGCCAUUGAGGUCCCUGAAUCCGGACGUGAAAUUCCAGUCGGUGACGGCAGCCCAGUGACAAUGAACAUCGGUGAUAACGUGACAGCAGCAACAAACACUACUAUCACCAUCAAGUGUCCAGUGAGUGGCGUACCAACACCUUCUGUCACGUGGAUGAAGGAUGGAGUGCCACUUGCUGGUGGAGAACGAGUCUACUUCAAAGCUGACAACUCGUUGGUAAUAAAAGGUGUUAUAACCAGUGCAAAGUACUCUUGCAGUGUUCAAAGUGUAGCUGGAACAAGCAGUUUGAUGUCACUUGUCAAUGUAUUAGGUCAGUAUUGCACAGUUUUACUGUGUUAGAGUAUCUUCUUCAGUAAUGCAGAAUCUUUGUUAAUAUAUUCGGUGCAUUUGCUUCCUCAGGUCCGAUUAAGCCUUUCGUUCAAACCUCUGCCAAACCAGAGGCGAUAAAUGCUCAAGAUCGAAGUCCCAUAACAUUGACCAUUGGUGAUAAUGUGACAGCACUAACCAAUACAAGUAUAACCAUUCAGUGUCCUACCAGUGGCGUCCCAAAACCAACUGUCACGUGGACAAAAGAUGGCCAGGAUCUUCCAAGUGGUAGUAGAUACAUAGUACAGGAUGAUAGUUCAUUGCUGAUUAUUGGAGCUGAUAAAGUUGAUAAUGCUCGAUAUACAUGCACUGCAGAGAGUUUGGUUGGCAAAGAUGGCGCAUCUAGCAUCUUGGUGGUAGUUGGUAAGUGUCGACGAAAGGAGCCGUUACAAAAUAGUUCCUCUUUAGAAAGUGGAAAGUGUGCUGAUUCAUUAAGCCUAUUUCAAAAGUAUGCAUCUAAGAAAAAGUACAGCGCUGGUAAAGCGUAAAUGUAAUACUUGAAAGAAGUAACUCGUAAUUAUUCUUGAAUAUAUUCAGAGCCAGCCAAACCAAAGAUCCAAGUCUCUGAACCUGGGCGUGAGAUUCCCGUUGGAGACGGCAGUCCCGUAACUAUAAACAUUGGUGAUAACGUAACAGCAGCUUCAAACACGACCAUCACCAUCAAGUGUACAGCGACUGGAGUACCAACACCUUCUGUUACAUGGACAAAAGAUGGAGUAAAGCUUGUUCCUGGUGAUGAAUUUUACGUUACAUAUGAGGGGUCUCUCGUCCUUAAAGAAACUGACGUAAACGACAGCGCAGAAUACACUUGCGUCGCUAAAAGCAAGUUUGGAAAAGAUAACACCUCUUCAGUUGUCAAGAUAAAAGGUUACUGCAAGCAACAAUGAAUUUUUAAAUUCCGUCCAAACAUUUACGUGUUUCUUUAAAUAAACGUCUAAGUGUUAAUCUGUACGUCUUUAACUUUGAUCUGUUUGCUUCAAAGAACCCACCAAACCAGAGGUCAUUAUUCCUGGCAAGCCAAGAACGAUAGAAGCCCUGGAUCGAAGUCCCAUAACGCUGACCAUCGGUGAUAAUGUAACAGCACUUACCAAUACAAGUAUUACCAUUCAGUGUCCUACCACCGGCGCACCAAAACCAACCGUCACUUGGACAAAAGAUGGUGAAAAACUUCUUAUUGGUGGCAAAUACACAGUACAGGAUGAUAGUUCGUUAGUGAUUAGUAAAACUGAUGAAGACGACAAUGCCCGAUAUACGUGCAAUGCAGAAAGUGUGACUGGAAAAGACAGCACAUCAAGCGUGGUGAAGGUUGUUGGUAAGUCAUUAACUUCAAUUUGGUACUGUUUAUCUUUGCUACGACAAAAUGCAGCUCAUUGUUGUUGUACCGGCCAAACCAGCCAACUCAAAGAACAAUGUUUUCAUUCCAGCACCAAUAAAGCCAGAAAUCGAUGUCCCGGAAUCCGGACGCGAUAUUCCAGUUGGUGACGGCAGCCCAGUGACAAUGAACAUUGGUGAUAACGUGACAGCAGCUUCCAACACUACCAUCACGAUCAAGUGUCCAGUGAGUGGAGUACCAACACCUUCUGUUACCUGGACAAAAGAUGGACAAAACACUCUGGAAAGCGAUAAUGUCUUUAUUAGAAGUGACAACUCUCUCGUCAUAAAAAGAGCUGAAAUAGAAGACAGUGCAAAGUUCAUUUGCAGUGUACACAGUCAGUUUGGAAGAAAGAAUAUCUCAUCUAAGGUCACUAUAGUUGGUAAGGGCUACCAUUUGCAAAGUAAGACGAAAGUACUUUGAUGAAGUGUUGAUGUUAAACAUUUCCAUUAAUUAAUUUGCUUUGUUUUUAUUCUAGAAAGCUUAAUAGAAGCCUAGGUAAAAAAUCUUGUUGACUUUGUCUAAAUGAAAAUCUUUAUUUUAAAUGCAUUUAAGAUUCAAAUUUAAUUGCUGUCGGCCCAUUUUUAUAUACGGCUCCCUCUAUUAAUCCUUUCGUGUUCUGUCAAUGCGUCAAGAAAUUGUUUAAUGCUGCCAUUUCACCGCUAAGACCAGAAGUCAAUACUAAUCAAGCGUUACUAAUUUUUUAAGGGUCUUAUACUGGUCAAUUGGUAUAGUAGCUUUAUUACCUAUGGUACAUGUUAGUCACUUUGCAGCUAGUAAAUACGCCGGGAAAAAUAGUGGGAAGAAUGGUUACAUAAGAAUUUUUUUAAUCCAACAACUUGUUACCUGUUUUUAGCAGUUCGUUCUUUGAUUAUAAUGUAAAUUCUUUCAUAGGACAUUCCAAGCCUGUCUUGAAGACCCCGAAAGAGCCAAAAGCAAUUGAAUCGAAAGACCGCAGUCCAGUAUCCAUUUCGAUUGGAGAUAACGUAACAACACUUGCCAAUACAUCUAUUACCAUUACUUGUCCAAACACCGGCAUACCAAAACCAGUUGUUACGUGGACAAAAGAUGGGCGCGAAAUCUCAGUGGGGGAGAGGUAUACAGUACAGAACGAUGGUUCAUUGCUGAUCAGUGAAGCUAAUGAAGAAGAUGAUGCUCGAUACACAUGCACUGCGUACAGUGUGGCAGGCAAAGACAGUGCGACAAGUGUGGUAGAGCUUGUAGGUGAGCUAUUAAAAACUUCUACCAGCGAUUUUUUUAACCUUGUUUUGUUGUUGGUUGAUUUGUCAAGUAAGAUUGGGCUUCUGGCCAUUUCAGUACAGCGUCUUUCAAGCCACUGUCGCUUUUAUAGUACUACCAGUAGAAUUAUAUAUUGACCCAGUUCUGCAGGAUAUUUUUUAUUCUCUAUGAAGUAAGGUCGAUGUCCUCCGUCAUAAUAUUGGUUUCUGAUACUUAUAUCGGUAUGACAGAUCUUGUAAUAGCUUGGCUUUUGCUCAGAUAGGAGGCAUUUGUCGUGUUGUCGCAAAGGUCUUGGCCUGUUGGUCUUGAAGCUUAGGCUUUUCAGACCCGACGUGUUUUUACAAAUAAACUGGAAGUGUUUUCUCUUUAUACUCUUCCCUUAACCUUGUUCAACAGAGCCUAGUAAGCCAGCUAUCAAUGUUCCUGAACCUGGAGUCGCCAUUCCAGUUGGUGACGGUAGUCCGAUAACUAUGAACAUUGGUGAUAACGUAACAGCUGCGGCGAACACUACGAUCACAAUCAGGUGUCCAGUUAGUGGGGUACCAACACCCUCUAUUACCUGGAGAAAAGAUGGAGUUGACGUUAUCGAGGGCGAAAAACUGUCGAUCAUGAAAGAUGAUGCGUUGAUAAUAAAAGGUGCAGACUCUGAAGACAGCGCCAAGUACACUUGUAAGGUGGAGAGCCAUUUCGGGGAGGAGAGCUUAUCCUCCAUGGUCAAAAUAAAAGGCAAGUCUUUGUUUGAAAUUGUGCUACCUCACACUCAUGAACCGUGACGUUGGUAAGAUGCUUUGAAAUUCUCUAAUACAUUUCGCUCCCAUGUUUGAGAGAUAGAACAGUACUCUCGGAAUUUGAGAUCCGUGGCGAGUAAGAAAAAAUUGUUGAAGGUGGUCCACAAAAAGGCAACGUUUUGUAAAUCAUAAAAGAACUAGAAAAUUAAAAAAAAUGGGACCCCAUUACAGCGAAUGUCUAUGAAGAAGAAAAAGCUAUAAGUGCUGUUGUUUUACCUAAAGAGAAUGUCUCUUGGUUUUACUAUAUCAUGUAAAUUUCAAGCACAUUGCUGCGACAAGCAAACAAAUGUAAUUUUAUGGUACGUUCUUACCUUAUCUGGCUUGGGUUGGUCUUAACCUUCCACUUCUGUUAAAAAUCCUAAUAGGGCCAUCUAAACCAGUUAUAAAAAUUUCUGACAAGUCUACGAGUGUGCUGGCGCAGGACCUGACUCCUUUAACCUUGAUCGCUGGUGAUAACGUGACGGCACUGACCAAUACAAGUAUUACCAUUCAGUGUCCUACCAGCGGUAUACCAAAACCAACUGUUACGUGGACAAAAAAUGGCCAGGAAAUUCUCAUUGGUGGCAGGUACAAAGUGAAGGAUGAUGGUUCGUUGCUGAUUAGUGAAGCUGACGAGGUAGACAAUGCUCGAUACACGUGUACUGCAGGCAGUGUUUCUGGCAAAGACAGCGCUUCGAGCACCGUGAAAGUUGUCGGUAAGAAGAUCACAGUUAUAGCUGUAUGCUACAUUUUGCCAUGUUUGUUAUCUUGCGAUUCAACGUUUUUUUCCCACUGGGUUUGCACGGUCGUAUUAGCCAGCUUGAAUCCUCUGUCCUAUUUGUGUCCUUGACUCGUUUGGUCGUUGCCCGGGUAUAUCAAAAUAUAUCCAAAAUACCGUGCAUUUGUUUUAGUUGCGUCGAAAAUGGUACCACAUAUUAAUUUCAAAAUUUUUCCAUGUAACAUGUAGACCCCGUACGGCCAGCGAUCGAGGUACCUAAAUCCGGAAGCGAGAUUCCUGUUGGUGAUGGAGGCCCAGUGACAGCGAACAUUGGUGAUAACGUGACUGCGGCUUUAAACACUACAAUUACCAUCAAGUGUCCUGUUAGUGGAGUACCAACGCCUUCUGUUUCUUGGUUCAAGGAUGGAUCACCAAUUUCCCAAGGGGAGCGAUUGUCUUUGACAUCUAAUAGUUCUUUGGUUGUGAACAGAGCUGAAAUGGGCGACAGCGCAAAGUAUACUUGCAGUGUUCAAAGUGUUUUUGGAAAGGAAGAUUUAUCUACUACAAUGACAAUCAUAGGUAAAAUUCAUUGCAAAAAAGUGCAUGGACGUUAAAUAAUAUUAUCUUUUUGCCCGUUGUUAUUCUACAUUGUUGUACUCGUCAGAAAUAACAGUUUUUAGGAUCAAAUGUUACCCAUAGCUUACCAAUGUAUUUCAUCUGUAUGAGGAGGCAGCGUGGCCGAGUGGUUAGACCGCUGGACUUGCAAUUCGGAGGCCCGGAGUUCAAGUCCCGCUCUAACAGCUAGCUUUAUUUGUUCACUGUAGUCCUGUGUUCAAAUCCUCGGCCAUGCUUGUAAAUAGCCAACUGGUUUGCCUUCGGCCAGUUGGGAUUCUUGACCCUGUUAAGUUUUGCUGGGCCCCACUAGCAUUAGGGCUAUAAAUGUCUUUUGUGCAUUUCUAACAAUUGGGUAGAAAGUCUUUCCAGUGAUUUCGAGUAUUUAAAGCCACGCUUUUUAGUCUGCCAGGUAGUGGAGAAUAAUAUGCUAGCCAUACUAUAAAUAUUUUGUAUUUCAUGUAGCAGUAAUGGUAGUAGUAAUGUUGUGACGUGCAUGAGAUAAUCUGAUAAUCAUUUUCUGAUUGCGUAUUUAUGUUAUUUCAGAGCCAGUUGCACCUCAAAUAAUCCACUCAGUUGGUAACAUAACGUCAGUAACCGAAGGCACAGUUAACAUCACUAUUGGCCAAAACCUUUUGACAGUAAUAGAUACUAAACUGUCAAUCAAUUGUACCGUAAAAGGCAUUCCUAUUCCUCACGUUACGUGGACAAAGGGGAACCAGACUCUUCCAUCAGAUGGCCGUAUGACUCUUAGGAAUGGAACUCUUGUUAUAGUUGAAUUAGAGACUUCCGACAGUGGUAAUUAUACAUGCUCCUCGAAGAACUCUGCUGGAAUGGCUGCAUCUUCAUCAAACGUGAACGUAAAAGGUAAAAAAGGUUCAGUAAUUUAGUGAAUCAACUUUUUCCAACAUAUUUGGGUUGUCCCUUUAAAUAUUGUAUAGAGCUAAGGAGUUAGACGGAGCACUUGUAAUGUCCAAUUUUUAUCCUGUAAAAAUACCUCGAUAACUCAAAAAUCUUCAAUUGCAAGGACUUAUGAGCAAGUGCACAUUAUAAAGCGAGAUAUACCGUCUUUGCUUGGAUAAAGGACCUCUAACUUAUAUUUUUUUUCUCAAUGUAACGCCUCCUUCGCACGACGAUCAAUGUUUUGUCACGCCAUGUUAAUACGGGAUUUCCGACAGCUGCUGAUUUAUUGUGAUUCAAUUUUGUCUUCAGUUCCAUCCCUUCCAGAAAUUAUUCGCACAGGAGUUAAAGAUGUACAAGUCUACGAUUCUAGGUCAAUAGAAGUUGUGGCUGGAAGCAAAGUCGUCACCAUCAGUGGCAACAACGUAAUACUCUCCUGUCCAGUACAAGGUUUUCCUACUCCGUCCAUUCAGUGGCGAAAGGGGGACGUUCUUCUGGGCGAGGAGGAAUCGACAUUAACACUAUUAGAUACAGAAGUAAAUGACAGUGGUCAAUAUACUUGUACGGCAACAAGUUCACUGGUGGAAUUUUAUGACUCUGCCACAACAAACUUGACUGUAAUAGGUAUGUGUUAAAUAUUAAAAUAUUGUAAAAUAAGGCUCAAAACUCACCAGGUUUAGAAUAGUUUUAAAAAAGGUUAUAAUCAACUGCAGUGGGGAAAACCGUUUUGUCAACGGUUUUCCUCACACUGAAGAAGGGUCAUAGAUACAUCCGAAACAUUUGUGCUUAAAAAAAAAACGUAGCAUUUUUUAAUAUAUCUUUACGGAAUAUCAUCUCAUCAGCUAUCUAAGUACAAGUGUCAUAAAUCCCUGACGGUUUUUCCUUUCAACAUUCAUUCUAUCUGGGCUAGCUGGCUUUAGUGAAUGAUUUAUAAAGGCGCAAAAUUAUAUAAAUAUUUGAUUUCGUUGUUGUUUUCUUUGCAACAUGAUGUAUUUUCUGCUGCUAAAAUAAGGCAAGCAUUUUCCUUCCUAUACAGUCCAACCAAGUUAAUAAACGGGCACAAUUACUCCUACGACGGAGGUCUCCGUAUUGAAUAGAAGGAAAGCAUAUGAGAGUUAGACGAUAUCUUCAGGGCCACUAAACGUGUUUUGAAUUCAGAGAUGUCCUCAUAAGAGAGAUGUCUUGCGUAAACAUAGUACCCUAGACAAACAGUGUUCUAACAGAAAUUCUUUACAGCUCCGCAGGCUCCCGUGAUAUCCACUGACGAGCAAACCGUGGACGUUUUGAAAAUUGAAAGAGUGUCAGUAACCGUUGGAGGUGUGGUAACUACCUUAGAUGGUAACGGAGUGACCAUACUUUGCCAAGUCAGCGGUUUUCCAAAACCACAGAUCAGGUGGCUAAAAGAUGGAGAGGUGGUGCAGGGAGGAGGGGACUCAUAUAAUGUCGAGGCGGCUGUCGCAGAUAAUGGCAGUAAUUACAGCUGCAUAGCGAGUAAUAUUGCUGGUAGAGCAAAAGCCACAACCCAAAUUAAUAUACUUGGUGAGUAAAUUAUGCAUUUAGGUGAGACCCUAGCUCCAAUCGAAAUCUUCCAAUCAGUUUUUAGAGAAGUGGCUAAAAUCAUACAAUUUGCCGUGAAAUUAUUCUUUAGAAGAUUAUAACAGGCACCAGUUGUAAAAAGCCUGCCAUCUCAACGUUUAUUAAACCCUAGUAUUUUCAUCAGAACGUUUUGUCGGAGUUUUCAGACAAUUCGCUACCUUAGCAAGGUAUAAGUUCCUCGCUAUACUCGUGCGGUUAUCAACAGGCACAUAGUUACUAAUAUUGUCUUUAUUGAACUUAUAGCUGGCCAAGCUCCAAAAAUCGAAUCAUCCAGACAGAACAUUGUCCACAUGGCCAUCGACUUUUUGGCGAUAACAGUCGGAAGUAACGUGACCACCCUGGCUGAUUCAGGAUUGGAAAUCAGUUGUCCUACCACUGGAUUUCCUAAACCUUUCAUUCAGUGGUACCGACAUGGUAACCCUGUGCAACCUGGUAUGAUGCUCACUGUGGAUCAGGAAACAGGGAGUUUAUUUAUCCUCAGCAUAUCUUAUAGAAAAGGUGGCAUGUUCACAUGUGAAGCGAGCAACGCGCUGGGAUCUGACCGUGCUUCGUCUCUCGUUGCAGUACGAGGUGAGAACCGCAUACGUUGACAAGAAGACUGUUCACAGUCCCCAAUUUUUUCGUAAGAUCGUCAGGAUCGAGUGCUUACCAGUACGGGCGGCUAUCUUGGUUUUAUAUGUACCGAGGGGGUGGGCGUUGGGGCUUAUAGCGGUGGGGGAAGGGAGUUGAGAGCACCCGCUCCCUUAGUAGAUUUAACACUCAUCGCCAGGCUAGACUAGGAACAUUUGAAACCAAGAUGGCCGCCCGUAACGCAAAGCGCUCGAUCUCGACGAUCUUACGGAAAAUAGGGGACCGUCAACAGUCUAGUUGAGAAGGAUAUUUGGUGAGAAUUCGAAAUAGUAGAUGGUACGACAGCCAGGGAAAACAGUGGAUUGGAGCGUAAAAACUUAUGUUCUUGGGCUGUUAACUCUAGACAUACCCUUUGCAGGCGAGCUGGGAAAAAGUAGCCACGGAGCAUCUGUUGUAGUAAUGGUGUGGUGGUAAAUUAGUGUGUGAAUAUCAAGGGAUGUCAUAUGAACAUGACUGGAGUUUUUUUUAAAAUCGAACUUCUUCUUUUGACACCCUUGACAUAUGUUUAACAACAAUUCACUGAAUGAUACUGAAACCUAAAUAUUGCUUUGGGUCUGAUUUAAAAGUACCACAACGCUUACAUUAGAAAAAUUACAAAAAUUGUCAUUGUGAUUUUGUUUCUAUCUUUUAAAUACCAAAAAGUUUUACCCAGUGCUCACCCACACAAAUGUGAUUUCGUCUCUGUUGUUUUCUAACUUAUAGUACCACAACAACCACAGAUAACGGUCUCUCAUAAAGCAGUGAGUAACUUGGAUAAUCGAGAGCCCGUUACACUGACAAUCGGUCAAAAGCUUACUGUGCUGAGUAGAACAAAGAUAUUGAUCAAAUGUCUCGUAACUGGGCUCCCCAAACCAGUCAUCGCAUGGAACCGAGAGGAAAACCAACUAGAAACAAGUGGUAAUAAGCUGUUGAAUGACUCUGUGCUAAUCAUCAAGAACAUUACUAGCCAAGAUUCUGGACUUUAUUUAUGCACAGCAAGCAACCUUGCUGGGAAGGUUUCUGCAGGAUCCUUGGUCUAUGUAACAG